AUGGUCCUGAUCAUCGCCCUUCUUAACGACGGUACCAUCAUGACUUUGUCGGUUGACCGUGUCCUGCCCUCGAACCAACCCGACAACUGGGACCUCGCCGAGAUCUUCGCGUACGCCGUCGCCUAUGGCUUGUACCUCACCUUGUCUACGAUCGCCCUUGUUGCUAUUUGCAUCAAGACGACCUUCUUCUAUGACAAGUUCGGUGUCUUGUUCGAAUACGGUGCCAUCCAGGCGACGAACCACAACGACCGUGUCCUGCGUUCCAUUGUCUACCUCCAGGUCACCAUAUGUCUGACUAGUUAUGCACGACUAGUUAUGUACGACUAG